GUGGCAGAGAGGGGGAAUUAGGGGUUGGUGGUCUGCUUCCUGUUAGGAGAACACCCCUCCAUCUGUUCCCAGCUCAGCCUGUUUCCAAUUUAAAGCCCAGAUUUCAAUACAAACCUCAAUUUCUUUUCCCCAUUUGAAAUGCAAAGCAAGCCUUUCACGUCCUAGAGCCUCUGCCACUGGGAUUCAGACCAAAUUUCCCCCCAAAAUUCUCAGGCUCGUUGCUUGAAUACCUGCUUACAGUGGUGCACAAUGGACAGCAUUGAGAAGAAAAAUUAAUAAUCUUCACGGAAGAGUAAUUUGAAUGAAAUUGCACUUGACAGCCUGUCUCCAAGCAAACAAGAAGCGCGAGGGAGCCUGAGCUAAGCUCCGAGGACUUACCCAAGCCACUGCUGGGGGAGCUUCCCAGGGACAAAAAAAAAAAAAAAAAAAAAAAUCACUCGCUUCUCCUCCAUCUAAUUGAGCUUUUGAUUAAUUCCUUGUACCAGAUUCUACUGAAGAAAGGUAGCCAUGGAAGAGAAUAUGGAAGAGGGACAGACACAAAAAGGGUGUUUUGAGUGCUGUAUUAAAUGCCUGGGAGGCAUUCCCUAUGCCUCUCUGAUUGCCACCAUCCUGCUCUACGCUGGAGUUGCCCUAUUCUGCGGCUGUGGUCAUGAAGCUCUUUCUGGAACUGUUAACAUCCUGCAAACCUACUUUGAGAUGGCCAGAACUGCGGGAGAUACGCUGGACGUCUUUACCAUGAUUGACAUCUUCAAGUAUGUGAUCUAUGGCGUUGCAGCUGCAUUCUUUGUGUACGGCAUUCUGCUGAUGGUGGAAGGUUUCUUCACCACUGGGGCCAUCAAGGAUCUCUACGGGGAUUUCAAAAUCACCACGUGUGGCAGAUGCGUGAGUGCAUGGUUUAUUAUGCUGACAUACCUUUUCAUGCUGGCCUGGCUGGGAGUCACGGCUUUCACCUCGCUGCCAGUUUACAUGUACUUCAACCUGUGGACCAUCUGCCGAAACACCACCUUAGUGGAGGGAGCGAAUCUCUGCCUGGACCUUCGUCAGUUUGGGAUUGUGACAGUUGGAGAGGAAAAGAAAAUUUGCACUGUCUCUGAGAAUUUCCUGAGGAUGUGUGAAUCCACUGAGCUGAACAUGACCUUCCACUUGUUCAUCGUGGCCCUUGCCGGAGCUGGGGCUGCAGUCAUCGCUAUGGUCCACUACCUUAUGGUUCUGUCUGCCAACUGGGCUUAUGUGAAAGAUGCCUGCCGGAUGCAGAAGUAUGAAGACAUCAAGUCGAAGGAGGAGCAGGAGCUUCAUGAUAUCCACUCUACUCGCUCCAAAGAGCGGCUCAAUGCGUACACAUAAACCACACCUUCCCGUCCUUUCUACCAUUCAAAUGCAUUGGUGAUUAUCUAAGGGCCAUCCAACCAUCCAACCUUUUGAAAAAGAAAAUGAAA